AUGAGGGCCGGAGAUAGCAGGAUGGAGGCGGACCACCACCACCACCACCACGACGAGAGGUCGGCUGAGGCGGGUCAUCGCCGCCAUCGGUGGAAGGGACCGCGGUACAACGACAGGCAGAGGAGCUCCCCGUGGGUGUGGAUGGCGGUGAUCCUGUGCAUGCUGCUGGCCAUCGGCGUCCUCGUGUUGGGCGCCACGAUGUUGGCCGUGUACUUUAUCUACAAGCCCCAGAUGCCGUACAUAGAGGUGACCAACGCGCAGCUCUUGCAGCUCGACUACAGCCCGGCCGACGGCGUCAUGAGGAACAUACAGGUCAAGUUCGAUCUUCUGGCCGAGAACACCAACUCCAAGAUCAACACUUCCUUCUCCAGCUUCAACAUCGACGUCAACUUCAACGGCACCACCCUGCUACAGCUGCGCGCCGAGACCUUCACCGUUGCCCGGGAGAGCUCCGUCACGCUGCCGUACAGCGGGGAGUCGCGCGGGAGGAGGCUGGACCCCGCCGGGAUGCAGGCAAUGGAGGAGGCGGUCAGGUCCGAGCUGGUGCCCAUCACCCUGUCCGGCAACGCGCGGACGCGGUGGAAGAAGGGCAUCUUCCUCAAGGUCGGCUUCUGGACGCGCCUCAAUUGCCCCCUCGUCUUCUACUACCGCACCGGCGUCGUCGCGCCCAUCGACCACGAGAGCUGCCGCUCCAGGUCGCCGUAG